AUGGGGCAAAAUGUAUCAAAGUCUGGAGUAGUGGUUUGGGGCUCAACUGAGUAUGGACAACACGGAUCUAAAACAGAGGAAGUGAACCCUGGACCACAUUUAGUUGAAGGACUAAGGCAUCUUAAUAGUAUAUCAAAGGUAAGCUGUGGAUCAAAUUACUCUGCAGCGAUCACAAAUUCUGGUGACUUAAUAGUUUGGGGAUAUGGAGGCUGUGGGCAGUUAGGUUUUGGGACUUUGGAAGACUGUUUGGUACCUCGAGUGAAUUUGAAUCUUAAACAUGUAGUUCAAAUCAGUUGUUCUGAUAGACACACUGCAGCUAUCCUAAGUACUGGGGAACUUUAUACUUGGGGCUGUAGUAAAAACGGCAAGCUUGGACAUGGACAAUUUGAGUUGAGUAUUUCUAAUAAUGUGGUCUCCCAACCAAUGAAAGUUAAGGCAUUGGAAGGAGAGAAAAUAAUUCAGGUAUCUUGUGGUAGUUACCACACAGGGUGUUUGACAGGUGAUAAAAAAGCUUUAACUUGGGGCCUAGGUCUCCAAGGGCGACUUGGGCAUGGUGACACCCAGGAUAUAUUUACUCCAAAGCUUAUAGAAAGUUUAGCAGGCCUUCCAAUUAAAGAAAUUUCAUGUGGAGGGCAUCACACAGCAAUUUUACUUAGCACAGGAAAGCUGUAUAUGUUCGGAGGAGGCGCCUUUGGAAAGCUAGGCUUUGGCUCAAAGGAUGAUGUUUUAAUUCCAAAACUAUUAGAAGGACCUUUGGAAGAUAUUGAGAUAAUAAAAGUUUCUUUGGGGAGUCAACAUUCAGCUGUAGUCACAAAUUGUGGUGAAGUGUAUACUUGGGGGCAAGGUGGAAGACUUGGACAUAUAUUUAACGGACCAGAACACGAUUUUUUAUCUCCAAAAAAGCUUUCAAGCCUUGAAAAGGCAUUUAUUGUAGAUAUUUCAUGUGGGAAUUCACACACAGCAGCUCUUUCUGAUGUUGGAGAUAUCUACACUUGGGGUAUGACAAAGAAUCUUGGACAUGGAAUUCAGGGUGUACAUCCAAAUAUGCCUUCUAAACACCCUGUUUUGCAGAACAAAAACAUUGUUCAGGUUGUAUGCAGCAGCUCUCACUCUAUUGCUUUAUCUGAUAUAGGGGCUUUAGUUCAAAAGACUUCAGAUAACUGGAGACCCAAAUCUUUAUCGGAGGAUCAAGAACCCAAAAAAGCAUGCAAACCCAUAGAAGAGUUCAAGACUGGUCUUAGUAGCCUGGCUCGCAAAAAGAUCUGGCAAGAAAUUAAGGAGAAACUUAAAAUUGGUGAUGAUAAGGAGAAAAUUGAUUAUUUGAUGUCUGAAUUGGAAAAGAGUGAAGAACAAAAUGCUGUUUUAGUUAGUCUACUUGAUGUUUCUGUUCGAAAGUUGGAAGCUUUUAGGAAAGAGAACGAAGAGUUGAGAAGUAAGCUUGAACUAACUAAAUCUCCAAAUUAG